CCCCAGGCUCGUGGGAUCUCAUCUCCCACUCUGCUGUGUACACUUCCGUCUGCUGCUCCCAACAAGAGUCAACAUGUCUCACCCUUUAAAGUAUCCACGCCUCACACUUGAGCCCAAAGUUGAGGCCCAGAAUGAUAAAGGGCUCCCUGUAGCUGAACAGGAGGAGGAGGAGAAUUCCUCUUGUUCUUUCAGCUUCUCCUACCUCUCCAACUCUUCUUCCUAUCCUUCCUCUCCUGUGAUCCCAGGCACCCCAGAGGAGGAGGAGGAAGAGCAAGAAGAGGAGCAAGAAGAGGAGCAGGAAGAGGAGCAGGAAGAGGAGCAGGAAGAGGAGCAGGAGCAGCCUGCUGCUGAGAUAUCCAGCCCUCCCCGGAGUCCUCAGAAAUACCUGUCUCAGAGCCCAUCAGCUGGGUGCUCCAGCACCCAAGAAAGUGAGGAAACGAGCUCUCUGCAGGCCUCUGCAGACCCCGAGUCUCUGGAAAGAGAUCCUCUAGAUGAGAAGGUGGCUAAUUUAGUGCGUUUCAUGAUCCUCAAGUAUCGCUUGAGAAAGCCGAUUACAAGGGCAGAAAUGCUAAAAGCUGUUGGCAGGAAAGACAAGAGUCAGUUCCCUGUGAUCUUCAAGAAAGCUUGUAAGUGUUUGGAGGUGAUCUCCGGCAUUGACGUGAAGGAAGUGGUCCCUGCCAUCCACACCUAUGUCCUUGUCAACUCACUGGAUCUCACCUAUGAUGAGAUGCUUAGUGACCUCCAGGGCAUGCCUAAAAAUGGCCUCCUGAUAAUCAUCCUGGGCAUGAUCUUCUUAGAGGGCAAUUGUGCCUCUGAGGAAGACAUCUGGGAUUUUCUGAAUACGCUAGGAGUGUAUGCGGGGAGGGAGCACUUCAUUUACGGGGAGCCUAGAAAGCUCAUCACCGUAACUUGGGUGCAGGAGAAUUACCUGGAGUACCAGCAGGUGCCCGAUAGUGACCCCCCACGCUACACAUUCAUGUGGGGUCCAAGGGCACAUGCUGAAACUAGCAAGUUGCAAGUUCUGGAAUUUUUGGCCAAGAUCAAAGGGACUGACCCCAUUUCCUUCUCAUACUGGUAUGAGGAGGCUUUAAAAGAUGACAGAGAGAAAGCCCGGGCCAGAGUUGCCCCCGUGGGUCGUGCUGCUGCCAACUUCAUGGCACAGCAGUAA